GGGAGGGAGAGAAUGUUCUGGAACUCGUGCGAUCUGGUCUCCGUUCCUCUGCCAUCUCCGAUUUCUUCUCUUCUUCCUUCACUCUUUGCCAUCGCUGAUGAGAGAGCUGAGAUGCUGUGCGUUUUCUGUUGCUGGUCCACUGUUUUCCAACCCAUGUCUGCUUUGUUUCUUGUUCUUGACCAUAUUUCUUCCCCCACUCUUCUGUUAGUUGAUGAUGAAGCAAGUAAAUAGCUGAUUUGAGGUUGUAAGAGAACUAAUUUAGUGGGUUGGAGGUUGGAAUUGUGCUAUCUUCUUCUUCCCCUGUUCAGUCGUAGGUUCUGUUCUGUGCUUCCCUGUGCGUUUGUGAUUGACUGCCUAAGGUGGUGAUGGAGACUCAUGUUUAGAUAAGUUUCAUAUUGUAUCUCUUCUUCCUCUAGCUUUUGGCGUGCUCAUCCUUGAAAGGGUGUUUGGAAGAGAAGAAGUUUGAUUAAAGUUGAGAGGAGAAAUUUGACUUCUGGAGAAAUUUCAAGUAAGUGGAUAGCGUCCCAACUGAUUUUUUUUAAUCAAAAUUUCUUUUACUAGAAUAUUACGUUUUUCUGGAAAUCAUUUUAAUAGCAUUAAUGCAAUUAUUGGAUAUUUGUUGAUUAACUUUACUUUAUUUUGAGAAAUUAGCUUUAUCAAAUUUAAAAUGUUAUUUGAUCAAUUAAAUUAAGUUUGAACUUUGAUUAUGAGAUUUUUAUUUUAUCAAAUAUUAGAGUGAUAUAGAGAAUGAUUCAUGCGAGUUCGACUUUGAAAUUUUGAUUAUUCAAUAAAUGCAAGCAUGAGUAUUGGAUAUGAAAUUUUAUUCUGGCAAGUUUUUAAUGCUUAAAAAUGUUCAUGCAAGUUUGAUUUUGAGAAUGAGAACUGUAUCUUGAAAGUGAGGAUUUUCUCGCAUGUUUGAAAAUGGUUUUAAAAAGGGACUUUAUACGGAACACUGGUUGUUAACGGCAGUUCUGUUAGCCCUUGGCGCGCCAUGGUACACCUAGCUAGCAGGGUGUUUAUAGGAGGUGCUAGCCUCGUGCGAUGGCCAACGCACGUGGAAUGAAGGGAUGGUUAUUCGUGAGCGUCAUACUCACGUUUAUUUCGUGGCUUCAAGCCGCGUUUGAUUAGCGUUACCCUCGUGGACUGUGUGUCCACGUUUGUUUUGUGGCUUUGGCCGCGUUUGGUUACUUACCCUCGUGGACUGAGUGUCCACAUUUGUUUUCGUGGCAUAAGCCGCGUUUGGUUAGUUACCCUCAUGGAUUAUGUGUCCACGUUUGUUAAUUGUUCUGAUAAGUCCCUAUAUUUAUGAAUCCAAUCGUUUGAUAAUUUCAUAUUCUAUUGGUUUUUAUUUAGUAAUUUGUUUAUAAAUAUUUAUUUCAUUUAUAUGCUUUCUUGAAAUCAAGUGAUAAUAUCAUUUUCUAUGAUAGUUUAAUGAUUUGAGAUUUUAUUUGAAAUUUAUAGAGCCAUUUUAUUAUGAAGUUUAUAAAAUUUUUAUGAAAAUUUUGUCUAUUUAACUUACAUAACUAUUUCAAACUUUUCAUUUUAUUUAUGUUCUAUUAUUUAUUGUUGGGACGUUAUUCACUGGAAAAGAUAUUUUGGUCUCAGAUGGUAUAGUUGAACUCGUGACCCGAGAUAUCCACUUAGGAGUUUUAUUGUUGAAUUGAAGCAGAAGAAUUAUUUCAGUCAAAUCCUAAUUUGAUGAAAAAUUUGAACUUUAUACUUAUGUUGGCGUCUGGCCUCAGGUGCUCCACAUAGACUACAGGUAGGAUCCUUAUAUUUCUUUUAAAGUUGAAUAUCUGAAUUAAUAUUGUAACAAUUUCUAAUUACUCUAUUAGUGUGUUUAAUGUAUUAAUUUCAAAGUUUCUCCGAUCAAGGCUUAAGGGAUAUGAAUUUUGUGCCCAUAUCCUGUGCCGGUCACACCUGAUUUUUGGGGCGUGACAAUUGGAGAUAAAUCUAAUCAGGUCAAUGAUGAUAUGAUCAUAACUAACGAUGAUCGAAGAGGAUAUUCCCCUGAUGCUAUAAUAGAGUCGGCUUUUAUAACCUCCCAAAAGUUAAACUGCAAAUUACUCCAAAUCAUAGUAAUCCAGGGUUUUAUCCUCAAAGGAUUACCAAAUUGUAAAGUUUUAUAAAAGAAAUUUUUCAAAAUUCUUUUAAAGGAAUCCCAAUCUUAACAAAUUAAAUCUCAAAUAUGAUUUAAGAACUCCAAAUCAGAGUUUUAAAAACAAAACAGAAGCUUGAAAAUCAAUUAGGACUUAAAUAGUAAGUUUUAAAACUCAAAAACAAAUUUUGUGCAGAAAGUGACUUAUGCAUCGCAGCAUGUUUUGUUUAUACCAUACGCUGCGGUAUGAGGUGCCAUGCACUGUGGCACAUUGCACGAAAUUUAACAGUAUUAGUUCACCGGAUGCAUACUUGUGAUGCGUCCUAAAUUUCAGUCUAACGUCCAAUUGAGGUGGUUUUGGUGUCUACACAGAGCUUUCUCCUAACUCUAGCUAAUGGCACUAAUUUCACACUCAAACUCAUUUUGUAUAAAAAGUUGGAUACCAAAAUUUAUUUUGACUACUUUUUCACAAAAUCUCACAGAUGAGGUGUUUCAACUCAACCACACGUGCCAAUAGCUUACACUAACCAUCCGACCACACUUAAUAGACUCUCAUGAACUUGUGCAAUGUACCACAAACAAUUGAAAACACUUAUACCAUAAAAUCACCACUCAACCCCGAUUUUCACAAAACAUAAAGGGGAAAAAUGUUGCACAAAAUCAACAAUUUCAUUCUAAAUUUUUUAAAAUACAUAUGUUUCUACUUGCACAAGUAUUUUGGCCCUAUCUAUGGGUUCACAACACAAAACUCACUAACUCAGGGCACAAAAUACAUUAGUUAUACACAAAAUCAUACAAAUAGUGCAUAAAGUAUGUUAAAUAAUUCUAGUUGGCAAUUACAUUAACAAAUACACGCGAUAAUACCAAAAGAGAGGCAUAUAGAGGAUUACUUUACAAAUCCUAAGCCUCUGUAUGUUUUUCUUGAUUGGGAUCCAAUGAGCUAGGUCCUGAAAAUAUUGAGAAUUGAGAGACGAGUAUAACUACUCAGUAACCAGGUUUCACUUAAUCCAUACAGUUACAUAUCAAUUGUAAAUAGAUAUAAUUAGGCAAAUAAGCACAUAUAUCACAUAACAUUCAGCCACAGUUCACAAAACUAACAAUUAUGUGACUGGGCUUGCUACAAAAUACUUUAUCAUGUUAUUUACCAAAAACAUAACACAAGGUCACAUAAAUAAUAUCCAUGCGCCCUCAACACAUGUCAGACCACAAAACUAACAACUAUAUGACCGGACUUUUAUGUGUAAUUAUAUGCGAAUCUUAUAUCUUCCUGUUACCUCUGACAUAAAACUGAUGGCUAUCACGUGGCUAUGUCCUUCAUAGACUAACUCAGCCUUUUACUUGUGAGGAACUACCGGGCUAGGGUGAACUUACUCAUUUAUGUAAUCCGGCUUCUCCCAAUACUAACAACCAUAGGGUGUCAUACCCCUAAUCUAGUCUCCUUAUGAAUUGGUGAAGACUAAUUAGGUUCGAGUCCCUCAUAGAACAAGUAGGAUGAUCUCGAAUCAACCAUAGGGCACAGGCUACCUCUUAAUUCUAACAGUUGGUACCAAGGCUAGUUUUUGAUUCCAACAGUUGCUAUCGAUACCGCAUAAAUUUCAAUCAAUCUACUCCUCUCCUUAGGCGAACUCCCGCCAAUGAUCAUGCUAUGUACAUUUCUCACAUAAUAUGCAUUUUCACAAUUAAUUCAUAAUACAUGAACUCACAUAACUCAAAUACUCCACAAUUCAACACAUAAUUCAUCACAAUUCUCUACCCAUAGUAAUAAAUCACAAUUAAUUUCAUAAAACACUAAGGGUGGUAAAAGCAAAUUUUUUUUUUCCAAAAACCAUUUCACAAAUCAAACACUUUACCAAUAUGCAUCAUUAAUUUAGCUCAUAAUUUAUAUUUCACAAAUACAAUUAACAUUCAACUAUAAAGAUUAAGUUUCCCCCGGCUACCUCAAACCUUUAAGAGGUCAAAGGUUUACCCCUCACUAUACCAACUUUCUAAAGCUUCAACAAGCUCAAAUGGUGCUAAAAAUGAACCUCUCUACAUCCAUACCACAAGAAUAUCAUCAUUGUUUAACUCUUGAAGCUUUAUCAACAUAAAAACUCCACACACUCUAUUUUUAUCAACUCAUAAUCACUACCCAUUCAUACCCAAUGGGCUCAUAAAAUUUUAUCAAUGCACCUUAUCAUUAAUAACAUCUCAAACCAUCAUUAAUGCACAUAAACGUCUCUCAACUACCUCUUAAAUAUUAAUUUUCAGAUAAUAAAUGCUCCUAUAGGCCAACCACUUCUAAAAUUAUCAAUGUGGUGUUCCAAUACAUUAAACAACUCCCAUUAUACUUACUUUAACCAAUAGAAUUGGACCCAUACUCUUAUGGAUCGAAAAUCCAUCUUCUAACUCAAAUUCUAUCAUAAAUCAUCAUAAAUGAGGGAAAAAAAGAAAGAAUGAGGCUUAGUUUACCUACCUUGAGUAUUUGGGAACUUCAAAAUGUCAACAAUGGAGUGUGCCCUAGCAGAGCCUAAUGUUCUCUUCUUUUUCUUCUUCUCCUUCUCUUUUAUUUUCUCGCACAGACGUGAUCUGAUUUAUUAGAAAUUUUUCCCGUGUGCCACAGUGCAUGGCAUAGAGGAGCCUGUUGUAUUUAAAUUUGUCUCCGUGUAUCGUGACAGACCAACCUUGCACUGCGGCGUGUGGCACAGAGAAUAAUGCUUCAACUUUCUUCCUCUUUACUUGCCUGGGUGGCUUGCCAUCAAUCCGGACCCACUUCUAAGGCUAAAAUCAUAACAAUUAUACUAAGUUAAGCUCCUCUGGCCACACACCUCAUUAACUCACUAAUUACCCUCAUUAGGCUAAUAAACCAAGAUUAAAAUUUUCUAAAUAUUACAGCAUUCCACAUAAUCCAGGAGAAAAUAUCCAAAUUAUGGACCUUAGUGACAUUGAUAAUGGGCUGAGUUCAAUAAGCCUAAUUUUAACUAGUGGACAUUUGUGUGAAUCUUUUAUGCCAGAAACCUAAUUAUCCUCUGGACUUUAAGAUCUUAGGCCUUGUGUUUCCUUCCCUUAUUUAUUUAUUUAUUUAUCAAAUAUGAAUAAUAUUUUCUACUAGAAUACUAGGGGCUUAUGUGGUAAUGGGCUCCAUAGAAAUCUUAUUACUAUGUUGGGCUCUCUUAGGCCUAGUCUUCUAGUGCUUUCAAAUACUAGAACUAAUAAUGAAUCUCACCUAAGAGAACUCAGAAUGAUGGGGUAUGAUUCUCUCAAAUUAAUUCCUAACGUAGGUUGAUCGGAAGGUAUAGUUAUAGCAUGGGAUACUGGAAGAAUUUAGGUCACCAUUUUGAAUGAAGAUCGUCAAUUUAUUCAUUUAUCCUGUAAGUUCGAUGGCUUAUCCUAUUUGGUGUCUUCUCCUUGGCUUGUUUUUUGUGAUUUCAAUAACAUAGCCUCUUAUAUAGAGUGUAUUGGAGGAAGACCUAGUAAUACAGAUCGAAUCACUUGGUUUCAAGAUAGAAUAAAUGAUUGUUGUCUCCUAGAUCUAGGCUAUUCUAGAUCAAAGUUUACUUGGAAGGGACCUAAAUCAGCUGGUUGUUCUUAGCUCUUUGAACGUUUGGAUUGUGCUGUGGCCAAUUCUUCUUUCUUGUCUUCCUUUCCUGAAUGUAUUGUAAAGGUAAUGCCUAAAACUGCCUUCUUUGACCAUAAUCCUUUAUCCAUCAAUUUACUUAUCUGGCCAAAAGAUAGUAGGAUAGAUAAACCCUUUCGUUUUAAAGCAAUGUGGUUGUCCUAUAAAAAUUUUAAAGACUUUCUAAAAACUACUUGGUGCUUGUUUGAUGGGUUAGAAGAGAACUUACAUAUUUUUAGAAAGUCUGUUCAAAGUUGGAAUAAAGAGGUGUUUGGCAUGGUCGAGAAAAGGAAAAAGAAUAUUAUUGCUAGACUUAAUGGUAUCCAGAACUCCCCUGCUUAUCCAUACUCUAGAUUUCUUUGCGAACUUGAGCUAUUUUUACAAAAGAAGCUGGAUGAAACUUUGAAGAUGGAAGAGGCUAAAUGGUUCCAAAACGCUCGCACUGAAUGGAUUAAUAGUGGGGAUCGCAAUACUAGAUAUUAUCACCUAAAAACUACUAUGAGAAGAAGGAAGAAUAAGGUACUAGCUUUGAAAAAUGAAGCAGGAAGGUUGGUGGAAGAUGAAAAAGAACUUCAAGACCUAAUUUCUCAAUACUUUAAACAUCCUUUUCUUAAUGAUGAUUCUAGUAAGGCCAAUUUGAGAACUAAGGUUUCUUUUCCUGCCUUAGAUAACUCCAUUUCUAACAGACUAGCAGAGAUUCCCUCUAAAGAGGAAAUUAGAAAAGCUAUUUUUUCUAUCGGACCUUAUAAAGCUUCAGGAUUUGAUGGAUUUGCUCCUAUAUUUUUUCAAUCUAAUUGGGAAACUAUUAGAGAGGCUAUGUGCAAAUUUGUUACUGAAGUUUUUCAAAGAAAGUUAAAGCUAAUAGAAGCAAACAAAACACUUAUAUCUCUUAUCCUUAAAAGAGAUAAGUCAAAUCUUUUGAGCCAUUUUAGGCCUAUUUCUUUAUGCUCUGUCCAUUAUAAGUAUAUAACCAAGAUUAUUACCCACAGAUUGAAAAGCUGUAUGGACAACCUAAUUUCACCUUUCCAAGCCAAUUUUAUUUCGGGCAAACAUAUUCAAGAUAAUAUAAUUAUAGGCCAGGAAAUUAUGCACUUCAUGAGGAAAUCUAGAAGGAAACAAGGCUUCUUUGUGAUGAAGAUUGAUCUUGAAAAAAAUUAUGAUAGCAUCAAGUAGGAUUUCCUACAACAUGUUCUUGUAGAGGCUGGUAUGAAUUUUAAUUUUAUCCAUCUAAUUAUGAAUUGUAUAACCACAAUUUCAUGUAAUGUGUUAUUUAAUAGGGUUCAAUCUGAAUUUUUCUCCCAUCAAAGAGGUCUCCACCAAGGAGAUCCGAUCUCACCUUUUUUAUUUGUGCUUUGUAUGGAUAAACUUUCAUACUUAUUAGUGAUGCUAUUGAUUGUGGUCAUUAGUUGCCUAUAGAUAUCACAAAGUAAGGGCCCUCUAUUUCACAUCUAAUGUUUAUAGAUGGUCUUCUCCUUUUUGGUGAAGCUUCAAAAAAUCAAGUCAAUGUAAUGAUGCAAUAUCUUAAGGAUUUUUGCACAGCUUCAAGGGCAAAAGUCAAUAAAGCAAAGUCCUCACUCUUCUUUUCUAGAAAUGUUAAGUAGAUUUGAGAGGAAAUAUUAAAAGAAUAGCUGGAAUGCAAAAUUUCUACUGAUAUAGGAAAAUACCUUAGUUUUCCAAUAUCAAAAGAAAGAUGUUCUACUCAAAAGUUCCAAUAUAUAGUUGAUAGAGUUAGAUCUAAACUUGCUGGUUGGAAAUCUAAUUGUCUACCGACUACUGGAAGAGCAAUCUUAGCCAAGUCUAUGUUAAGUGUUAUCCCUUUGUACCCAAUGCAAGUCUCUAAAAUGCCAACCAAGAUUUGUAAUGAGAUUGAGAAACUCUAGCGAAAAUUUAUUUAGGGAAGUAACAAUUCACAGGGGUUUCAUCCUCUUAGUUGGAAAAGAGUAAUGCAACCUAAGGCCUUUGGGGGCCUUAGAUUCAAGAAGCUCUUUUCGAUAAACAAAGCUUGUGGUACAAAGUUGGCGUGGAAACUUGUAUUAGGCGGUAAAGGUUUAUGGGCUAAUUUAUUAAAGAAAAAAAUACAUUUACCAAUCAAAGGAAGAUCUUUUCAAUGUAAAAGAAGGAGAUUCGCAGCUCUGGAAGUUUAUAUGCCAAUAAAAGAAUUUAGUAAAGGAGGGCAUAAGAUGGCAGAUCAAAAAAAGGUGAAGCUAUUAAAUUUUUUUGUGAAGAUUUCUGGUUAUUUCCUGAUAAAAAAAAUCAUGGAUAUGAUUUUAAGGCCCCUGACUGUAGAGGAAAGGAAAUUAGGAGUAGUUGAUUGGACUCGUUUUGGUGCGUGGGAUUUUAGUAGGCUAUCGCUUAUUGUUCCCAAUAAGGUUCUCUCUAAGCUUAUUUCUACUAUGCCUCCCUCUUCUACUGUUGGUUAUGAUGCCAUGGUUUGGAAAGGGAAUGCUAGUAGUAUUUUGACGUUAAAAAGUUCUUACUUUAUGAUUGAAGAUCUAUCUUCAGACUGGUAUGAUCCUUUGCUUAAGAGGAUUUGAAAAUGGAAAGGAGCUGAAAGGAUCUAUCUAUUCCUUUGGCUUACUUUUCAUAAUAGAUUACCACUAAUGCAUAAAGAAGCUCAUGGACUAAUUGUUCAUCUCUUUGCUUUUGGUGUAAUACUGAAGUAGAAGAUGUACUACAUAUUCUCCAUGAUUGUUGUUAUGCUCGAUUGGUUUGGUAUAAACUUGUGCCAAGUGGGUACCAUAAUCUUUUCUUUUCUACUCCUUUAAGUGAUUAGAUGGCCUGGAAUCUUAAUUUUGUUGGACAUUCUGGUCUUCUAUCUAAUUGGGAUUUAUUUUAGGGAGUAGCUAUUUGGAAAUUGUGUAAAUGGAGUAAUAAUUUCAUGUUUCAACAAAGCUUUCUUAAACCUCCUGAUCCUACUAUUGUUCUAUUAAAUUCUUAGAAAUCCUAUAUUUUCAAAAAUGAAGCUAAUUUACAUACAAGGGAUUUUAGUGAAUCUUAGGUACAAACUUGGCAACCUCCCCCUAGGAAUUGGGUUAAAAUCAAUGUUGAUGGUGCUGUCUCCUCUUUCAAAUUUUGAAAACAGUAUAAUGCUACCCUUACUAUUAACAAAAGUUGAUUUUGAUUAUUGGUUGAUCUUAAAAUAAAAUAAAAGAGUAUAGAAAAUAAUGAAGAAAAUUAGAGACAUGGAUCCAAAAAAUUACAGAAAAUAAUUUCUUUAAUUCUUUUAUAUCAUUGUUUGUCAUCUUUUCAAAAAUUGACAGUUAAAAUUAAAAUUUUAUCAAUAGUAAUGACAACAUUGUACCAUUUUAAAAAUUAAAGGAGAACAUUACACAAAAAAUAAAUUUAAGAUCAUCGACAUUCUUGAACCUAUAAUUUAAGAGUCAAAUUGUCAAAUUAGAUUUUUUGGUAAUUAUACAUGGAAUCAAUUAAAAUUAUGACUCGGAUCUAUUUGUUUUUAUCAACACUACAAACAGACAACAAACAACUGAAACAGCUAUAAAGCAAGAGCUAAAAAACAAGCCAACAAUAUGCAACUAGUGGAAUUAAGAACCAGCCAAAUGUGGACACAGAAGUGUUGACGAUCUUAGUUACCAACAAAAAAAGUAAUUGACAAUCUUAAUCUUAAUAAUAACUCGCCUGUGUGUGUGUUACGCACCUCUCAAAAGUUUAUAGUGUCUAUUCUAUCUUUAUAAGUUUGUCAAACUCACAAAUUUAAGCAAAUUUAUAAAGAUAGAAUGAAUUUAUAAUGUACAACAACAACGACGGCGGCGGUUUAUAGUGUCUAUUCUAUCUUUAUAAGUUUGUCAAACUCACAAAUUUAAGCAAAUUUAUAAAGAUAGAAUGAAUUUAUAUCCCACUAGGUGGGGUCGACUACAUGGAUUGCAAGUUGCCAUUGUGCUCUAUCAUUUAUCAAGCUUUUAGGAAUAUUAUUAAUUAAGAGAUCGCGCUCAACAACUUUCAAGAGUGUUCUCUUAGGCCUUCCUCUACCUCUCUUAAUCGGACUCAAAGUUAUAUGUUCCACUCUUCUCACUGGUGCCUCCCUUGGUCUUCUUUGUACAUGCCCAAACCAUCUCAACCAAUUUUCUACCAUUUUUUCCUCAAUAGGUGCCACCCUCACUUUUUCGCGUACGUGCUCAUUUCGAAUUUUAUCUUUACGUGUAUGUCCGCACAUCCAUCGUAACAUUCUCAUCUCUGCUACUCCAACUCUAUGCUCUUGCUGUCCCGUUAGAGCUCAGCAUUCACUACUAUAUAGCAUUGCCGGUCUGAUAGCAGUGCGAUAAAACUUUCCUUUAAGUUUAUUAGGCACCUUACGGUCGUAAAUAACUCCUUUAGCUUUUCUCCAAUUAAACCACCCAACUUGAAUUCUGUGUGAAAUAUCUCCACUGAUUUCGCCAUCAUUUUGAAUAAUAGCUCCCAAAUAUCUAAACUUCUCCACUUGAGGUAUAAUUUAAUCUCUCAAUUUCACUUCCAAAUUAUUAUCGAAUAGUCCUUUACCAAAUUUACAAUAUAAAUAUUCCGUCUUACUUCUACUCAGACGAAAACCUUUCGACUCCAAUGUCCUCCUCCAUAACUCAAGUUUGCAAUUAACCUCUUCUCUUGUCUCUGCUAUAAGAACUAUAUCAUCCGUGAAGAGCAUACAUUUUGAGAUUUCCUCUUGAAUAUGUUCCAUUAAAACAUUUAAAAUCAAGUUGAAUAAAUAAGGACUCAGAGAUGAUCCCUGAUGUAGUCCAAUCUUUAUAGGAAAAUUCUUUGUUUGACCACUAGGUGUUCUUAUACUAGUUUUUUACCCCCUCAUACAUAUCUUAUAUGGCUUUAAUAUAAGCAAUCCGUACUCCCUUUUUUUCCAACACUUUCCAAAGCACUUCUCUUAGUAUACGGUCAUCAGCUUUUUUCAAAUCAAUAAAAAUCAUGUAUAGAUCUUUAUCUUUACAAUGAUACUUUUCCAUUAAUCCUUUAGUAGAGAAAUCGCCUCUGUAGUUGAUCUACCUGGCAUAAAACUAAAUUGAUUCUCAGAAAUACUUGUCUCCAAUCUCAACCUGUGC